CCCAUGUUCUACAUUUGUCAAGACAGAAAUUGAGGGAAAUGAGUAUUAUGAAGGGUGCGUUUGACAGAAGACACGAAUUUCCGUCAUUAAAUGGUGAGGUAUUCGUGGACCAUGCUGGCAGUACGCUGGUCUCAAGGUCACAGUUGGAAGGUUUCCAUGGAGACGUUGCCAAUAACCUAUAUGCCAACCCUCACAGUCACAGCCCAUCCAGUCAGCUGACCACAGACACAGUCGACCAGAUACGAUACAGGAUACUUCAGCACUUUGCAGCCUCCGCAAAAGAGUAUUCUGUUAUUUUCACAUCCGGUUGUACUGGUGCCUUGAAGAUCAUCGCUGAGUCAUUUGAUUUCCAUGGUGACUGCGCCACUUGUUGUCGCUGUGACAACCAUGCCAACAAUGAUCAAAGUGACAAAUCUCUAUCAUCCUGUCGACAGACAGAGGGCCAUAAACAAGAAGAUCCAAUUUCUAAUCAACCCAACCUCUGCCAAAGAGGAAGUUUCACCUAUUUGCUUGAUAAUCACACUUCUGCACAGGGAAUGCGUGAAUAUGCUCUUGCAAAAGCCAACGUUGUGCAAUGUGUUGACUGUAAUAAUGACGGAAACCUCGAAAUUCUCAGUACUCUUAAACAUGGUUCCUCAAACAGUUCAUGUGGAAACCAUCUCCUCACAUUUCCAGCUCAAUCAAACUUCUCAGGAAAGAAAUACCCUCUAGAUUGGAUAAGAGCACUCAAAAAUGGAGAGAUGUCUUGGCAAAAGGUUGAGACCACUGAAGGUGAAAGGUCAAGGUCAUGUGGUUUCCAUGGUAACUGGUUUACUUGUCUAGAUGCCGCCAGUUUUGUGAGUACCUCUCCCCUGGAUCUGAGCAAAGUGAAGCCAGACUUUGUCACUCUGUCUUUCUACAAGAUAUUCGGCUUUCCAACUGGACUGGGUGCCCUUAUAGUAAAAAACAGUUCUGUCAAAGCACUUAAGAAGACAUAUUUUGGAGGAGGGACGGUGUCAGUCAGCCUGCCAACCCAGCGAUUCCAUGUGUCAAGGUCAUAUAUCAGUGAAAGGUUUGAAGAUGGCACAAUUGCUUUUCUGGAUAUCAUAGCGCUGAGACAUGGCUUGGAUACAUUGUUCAAGUUUUUCCCAGGUGGUAUGGCAGAUAUAUCAGAGUUGACCUUCACCUUGGCCCAGUAUUUCCACCACAAGUUGACCUCCUGUUACCAUGGUAGUGGUUGCCAGGUUGCAGAGGUCUACUGUGAUGGAGGAUUUCAAGACGCGCACACCCAGGGAGCCAUUGUUAGCUUCAACCUUCUCAGAGCUAAUGGAAAAUAUAUUGGCUUUGCUGAGGUGGACAAGUUAGCCCAGCUAUACAGUAUCCAUCUGAGAACUGGUUGCUUCUGUAACAUGGGGGCAUGUCAGAAGUACCUCCGGCUCACCGACACACAAAUCAGGGAAAACUUUGAUGCAGGUCAUGUGUGUGGUGAUGACAAAGACCUUCUGGAUGGACGACCUACAGGGGCUGUGCGGGUGUCGUUUGGUUAUAUGUCUACUCUGGAAGAUGCCCAGAAAUGCCUUCAGUUCAUUGUUGACUGCUUCAUGGAGAGAACAGAUAAACCAGUCUACUGGAGUGGGGAAAUGAAACCAGACAAAUCUUUAGAUGAACAAAUGCAAAGAAAUGAAGAAAGUGUGGGCUUUACUCAGGAAUUUGAUGUCUCUUUUGGUACUAAAGAUGAAGAAAGCAGAUCAUUGUUCAUUCCAGAAUCUAUCCAUGAGAAGACUAAUGAUACUUUAAUUGCUAAAAAAAAUACAGUUAACACCAAGGUACAAGAAAUGCAAGGAAAGAAUUGUGCUCAUAUUAUAAAACAGAAACCAACAGCUGAAGAAAAAUCUUACAGAACAUUUAACAAAGAUAAUACAAAAGAGCAUGAAAAAGAAGAAAUCAAUGAAACAGAUUUGGAAGUGUUCUAUGAUACAACUGAAGGCUGCGUUCUCACUGACAUUUUCUUAUAUCCAGUCAAAUCCUGCGCUGCAUUUAAGGUUGAUAGAUGGCCUGUGUCAGACAGAGGCUUACUUUAUGACAGAGAGUGGAUGAUCGUCACGGAAACCGGUAUUGCCAUGAGUCAAAAGAGGGAAUAUAGACUUUGUCUUCUCAAGCCUUCUAUUGACCUUGAACACGGCCUGCUCACCCUGGACUUCCCUGAAAUGGAGAGCAUACAUCUUGCAUUGGCACAGGAGGGAGAUGUCGCAGAAUCCAGUAUGUGCAACAGCAAGGUUUGCGGAGAUAGGGUGUCUAGCUCUGACUGUGGGGACGCUGUAGCAGAUUGGUUGAGUGAGGCCCUGUGUCGUCCUGGUUGUAGACUAGUCCAUCAAACAGCCAAUGAUGCAAGAACCUCGAAACUGAAAAGUUCCAGUGAUGGAUCUCCCAAGGAGGGGGAAGGACGUCUGUCCCUGGCCAAUGAGUCCCAGUACUUGCUGUUAAACAAGGCCAGUGUGGCCACAUUACAGGACAGAAUGGCUGCCGAAGAUUGCAGUAAAAUAAUUGAAACUGAGAAUCUACUUGAUCGUUUCCGUGGAAACCUUGUGGUGUCUGGAUCAACUCCAUUUGAAGAAGACACAUGGAAAACUGUACAGAUUGGAUCACUCCAGUUUGUGAGCCAGGGAGCAUGUUCACGGUGCCAGAUGGUAUGUUUUGACCAAGCAACAGGGGAGAGAAACAAGGAACCUUUGAGAACUCUCGCAAGUUGGAGGGGAAGGAAGGUCCCGUUUGGAAUUCAUCUUGGAUUGAGCUCUGCCUCACAUGGUAAAAUGGAGUUGAAAACUGGAGAUCCUGUGUUUGUCUCGUCCUGACGUCUACAAUAAUGAUACAUUAGUUCUAUUAUCAUAAGUUAACGUUAGUCCAAGGUGUAAGAGUUUGAUUUUAAGGCUUAGUCCACAGUGUAGCAAUGUUUUUUUGUCCUGUAGGACCAUAUACUAGUGAUUAGUGAAAAUGGGAUACAGCAUUAGCAAAAACAGCAUUCUGAAUAUAACAUACCGUAUUUCCUCGACUGUAAGACGGGGAAAUUUGGUCCCGAUUUUUAACCUUACAGUAGUGGGCCUGUCUUAUAAGUGAGGCUAUAAGAAAUUCAGAAAGAAUAGAGUCAGAAUCAGGAAUAUUCAACAUAAGGUAUUCGACCAACUGAUUUAUUGUCUGUUGAUGACACCCCAAUAAAAGUGACACGAUCACACCCAUCAGAUUAAGAUGACCAUCUGCGUUGUUUCCCUACGAUGAACACUCGAUAUAACGCUUGUUAUCGGUCUAAACACGUUGUUUAUCACAGGAGACAUAUUUUGCUACCUUUAAAAUAAAAAUAUUUUGAACAAAAUAUAUUUAAAAAAUUGAAUUGUUAUUUUUUCUAUGUCGUAAAUAAAACUUACUUUUUCCUUACUAUUAGGCUUUGCGUAUUUCAUGCAUAUACAUGUAACUGGCAGAUUUCAAUACACAUUUCAUUAUUCAUUACAUUACUUUAUCCGCAAUCAUCAAUGGUUAUUUAUUUCUCAAAAUUUAAUCCCAUCAACUGCAAUCCAAACAAACACCUACGAAAAUUUAACUUAUUAACACAUGUAAUGGAAUGUGUCGUGUUUGUCAGCUAUCAAACAGUACAAUUUGUGACGUCACAGCAUGAGCUGUGUAAAUAUCAAAGGUGCACUGCAAUGGUUUGUAUUUAAAUAGGUCAAUCAAAUACCGUAUGAACCCAUUUAACUCCCAAGAUUGCAUCUAGGCUGGUUAAAACAUACUAUACGAUCAGAAAAUAAAAAUCAAUAAUCCUAAGCAAAUGUACAAAUUUAGUUGAUAAUUGACUGUUUAGCUUGAACAUUGUCACAGACUUGGAGAAUUUCAAGUGCUGGAUUGGCUUUAAAAAUGGAACCCGUCUUAUAAACGAGUCGAGACACCAGACUUUAUGGGCAAAGUAAGGGGGUCGUCUUAUAAGCGGAUCGCCUUAUAGUUGGGGAAAUACCGUACUGUGUAAUGGAUUUCUAAAGAAUGAGAAUUUGUUGGCUAAAGUGUCAAGGUUUUUUGACAAUUGGUUGUUUAAGGGUUUCUGUAUGGCUCUACGAGAUCAAAGACAAUUACCUGUGGCUGCGUAAGACAGGUGUCUGCCUUUUACAUGCACUUUAUAUAGUAAAGUUGCAUUUGAUGAAUUUGCAGUGGCUGGAUAAUGAAGUUCUCCAUUAAAAAGAAGGUGCCCUAAUGACCAGGUUUGACUGUACUGUUGAAUCUGGUGGUAUGAUGAAGAUGUCAACAUUGUUUCACCUAGCACUGACAGUCUCAAUCAAAGCAAGACUGUUUUUUUCAUAUUUCAUGUGCAUUUUGUUUUUUCCAAAUGAUCUCUCUCUCUUUCAGAACCUACUUUUAUAUGUUUAUAUCAGGAAGAAGGGUUAAAAUGAACUAUUACCUUGAGCAGUAGGGUUACAAUGAACUACAUGUAUUUCCUCGGACAGAAGAGUUAGAAUGAACUAUAACCUUGGGCAGUAGGGUUAGAAUGAACUAUUACCUUAGACAGUAGGGUUAGAAUGAACUAUUACCUUGGGCAGCAGGGUUGGAAUGAACAUUACCCUAGGCAUAAGGGUAAGUGUGAACCAUUACCUUUAGCAGUAGGGUUAGAAUAAACAUUACCCUGGGCAGUAGGGUAAGAAUGAACCAUUAUCUUUGGCAGUACGGUUAAAAUGAACUAUUUCCUUGUGCAGUAGGAUUAGCAUGAACUAUUGCCGUGGGCAGUAGGGUUUGAAUGAACUAUUACCUUGGGCAGUAUGGUUAGAAUGAACUAUUUCCUUGGGCAGUAGGUUUAAAAUGAACUAUUACCCUGGGGGGUAGGGUUAGAAUGAACAUUACCCUGGGCAGUAGGGCUAGAAUGAACAUUACCCUGGGCAGUAGGGUAAGAAUGAACUAUUACCUUGGGCAGUAGAGUUAAAAUGAACUUUUACCUUGGGCAGUAGGGUUAGAAUGAACUAUUACCAUGGGCAGUAGGUUUAGAAUGAACAUUACCCUGGGCAGUAGUUUUAGAAUGAACAUUACCCUGGGCUGUAGGGUUAGAAUGAACUAUAAUCUUUGGCAGUAGGGUUAGAAUGAACUAUUACCUUGGGCAGUAGGGUUAGAAUGAACUAUUACCUUGGGCAGUAGGGUUAGAAUGAACUAUUACCAUGGGCAGUAGGGUUAGAAUGAACUAUAAUCUUUGGCAGUAGGGUUAGAAUGAACUAUUACCUUGGGCAGUAGGGUUAGAAUGAACUAUUACCUUGGGCAGUAGGGUUAGAAUGAACUAUUACCAUGGGCAGUAGGGUUAGAAUGAACUAUUACCAUGGGCAGUAGGGUUAGAAUGAACUAUUACCUUGGGCAGUAGGGUUAGAAUGAACUAUUACCUUGGACAGUAGGGUUAGAAUUAACAUUACCCUGGGCAGUAGGGUUAGAAUGAACUAUUACCGCGGGCAGUAGGGUUAAAAUUAACAUUAUCCUGGGCAGUAGGGUUAAAAUGAACAUUACCAUGGACAGUAGGGUAAGAAUGAACAUUACCCUGGGCAGUAGGGUUAGAAUGAACUAUUACCGCGGUCAGUAGGGUAAGAAUUAACAUUACCCUGGGCAGUAGGGUUAGAAUGAACAUUACCAUGGGCAGUAGGGUAAGAAUGAACAUUACCCUGGGCAGUAGGGUUAGAAUGAACUAUUACCGCGGGCAGUAGGGUUAGAAUGAACUAUUUCCUUGUAACUUUAUUUAUUCUGGUCUGGACUGUAUGUUUCAAUGUUAAUUUUUUUAUGUUAUUUAGUCAAAGGAGAGUUUGCAAACCUUUUUUUUUUCAUUUUUCAUCCAAUACUUUAAUUUGUAGAUUUGAAAAUUCAUGAAGAUUUGGGAAUAGGACAAAUUUUUAACAGUCCAUGAAAUGAAUUUGAGUGGUAUUACAUUGAUGAUUCGAGUGGUAUUACAUUGAUGAAAGUACAGUGUAUUAUUUUUUGCAAAUUAAUAUUCUGCAACAGUCUUUUUGAUUCUGUCAUUUUAAGAAAAGUGAGGAAUGUGUCCACAUUCUCAAAGUGCUUGGUCAGUAUUCAUAAAACACCUUAAGUCAUUUCUUAACUUUUGUUGAUUUCUUAACAUGUUCAUAGUCAAAUUUAAAGGAAUGUUUAAGGUUUGUUUUUUAAAGCAUGUUUCACAUAUUUAAUAAAAUCAAUGAAGAUAAAGUAUAUAAAAUGAUAUUAAUUUAUUAUAUCAUAUGAUCAGUAAAAAAUGUACUGAAGCCAAUUGCAUGAAACUGGAUAAGUUACCCACAAGAUAUCUUUGGCCAGUUUGCACAUUUAAAUGAGUUGAUCGGUUAAAAGCAUUUACUGGAUAAAUUUUGACCAAUCAAUAACAGGUUUUGGCUAACUUUGAGCUAACCAAAGAAAUAACCAGUGUUAUACAAUUGGCUGCUGAUGAUUGAAUGAUUGUCCUUAUAAGUAGGGCACAGACAUACCUGAGAAUUUACAUGAACAGUUUGCUAUUUGUUCAUAAUUUGCCAUGUUAUUGCUGUUUUGGAGACUUUACCCCCCCCCCCCCCCCCCCAGAAUAUUUAUCUUAAUAAUAAAACUGUGAUAAAUCAACUACAUGCAUUUUAACAUUGAUUGUAAAUGUGUGAUGUGUUACUUUUUACAUGUCAUAUUUUAUUUUUUGAAAGAUAUACAAUAAUUUUGUACUUCAAUUUAUUGAUCAAAGUUGUGUAUGUUUCAGAUGAACAUUUAGUAAGGAAUCAAUGAUUCAUAAUUGUAAUACCAUCAUUGUGUGUCCUUAAAGUUUUGUGGAAAUCGUAUAUAAAAAUACACCCAAAUUUAAAACACAUUAAUUACUGGAUAUCAUUUGUUAAGCAGUUAUUCUUGACUAUAUUACAAAGUUUUAUGACUUUAUUCCUAUACAUUUAGUUUUUAUAACGAAAUGGUGUAUAGCAUGCUUGUCUUUAUCGGGUCAUGUCUGAGGUCAUUUCAGCAAAAUGGAAAAACUGACAUAAUGUAUGUGUAAUUUCAAUAAUAGUGGAAAUAAUUAAACCCAAAUGAAAAGAACUUACAGUUCAACAAAACAUGUGGAUUUUUAUGCAUUUCUGAGAAAUUCACACACAUUUGUUAACCUUAUUGUCCAACUCUCUAUCCAUUACUCUCGUGAUGACACCUGCGGUCUAUUCAUGGUUCUUGUCAUUUUGGUGAAUUGAGACUCUUCAUGGGGGUUUUCUAUUUUGAAAUUUUCUUUGGCAUUCAUAUGCAACUUUUAGACGCUGUCUGUCUGAAUGACAGGAUUAGUUUGUGCUUCUAGGCAUUUACUUGAUAUGUUCCGAUUUAAGGCUCCCUUUUGGCAGUUAGGGUCAUUCAGAUUGUUAAAUUAUUGCUUUCAUACCAUAUGCUCUGAAAUUACUAAAUGGAUAUUUAUACAACGUUUAAUUUGCCAUUAAAAAAUUAAUAGAUAUGUUUAACUUGUUGACCUAUUCAUAUUGUAUUUUCGUAUAAAUUAGGGGCGUAUGCACUAGAUAUAUGGAUAUUUGACCUGCCCACCCACAGGCAUACUCAAAUGAAAUAUUCCUUAUAAUUUUGCUUGUUAUGAGAGAAACUUGACCAUAUCAAAUUUUUAAUUAAUUCAACAUUUUGUAUAUUUCAAGGGUCCACAAUCUUUACUGUCACAUCUCAUAUUUACAAUGACGUCAAUUUGUGGAUUGUGUUACUGCACAUAUUAAAGAGGAUGUGACAUUUAUUCUAAUCAUAAAUUUAAAUUUCAAGAUCUAUUUUCUUUAUAAUUAGUAUUUUUGACCAAGUUUAGGUUAAGUUACACUGUUUAUUGUAAGAGUCAGGUUAUCACGCGCAAAUUGGCAUGGGCAGACCUUUAUAGACUCUAAAUCAAUCAGGGUAGGCUUGUUUAUUGUUGACAUGCCAUUGUUCAUUUUUAAACAUGUUAUCAAUAUCUUUAACCAAAUUGAUUUUGUGAUUUUGCUGUAUCACUGCUCAGUAUAUUUGUGUCUAUCAGAAAAUGCAUAACAACCUUGUGUUUCUGUUCUUGGAUUUUUGGUGUCAAAAUGAUAAAACUCAAAAAGGGUUCCCUGCAAUGGUGUGUAUGAGACUCUUUGACAGUAAGAUCAACUCCGGGAAGUCCUUUUCAUCAUAUCCCAACUUUUAUUUUCUAUCAGGAUGACCAACAUAUAAGCAUGCAAUGGAUAGUCCACAAAGAUGUAUUAUUUCACAAAAUGUCAAAUGUUUUUUUUUUAAGAAUAUUUAAAUCUGAUGAAAACAAGUAACAAUCAAAGAACAAAGCUAUUCAAUUAACAAGGAAUUCCCAAAGCGGCCGACCAUUGUUACAACAUGCUAAGACAUGACCAAGAGGCUUGCAUGUAGAGCAAUAUUAAGUGACAAUUGGUAAACAAUUGCAUCUUAAUUGUUUUUUAACAAAUUAAAGAAAUUUUAAUCAAGGAGUCUUUGAUAUAAGACAAAAAGUUAGCGGGUAUCAAAUAAAGCCAAGUAUGGACCCACAUGAUUAUUACAGCUUGUUAAUUGAAAAAAAAUAUUUUUGGAUUGAGAAUCAAGAAGUUAUUGUCUAAUCAAUUAUAACUUUUGCAUGUAGAAUAUUGUAUAACAUCUUUGAAGGAAUUUUGUCAAAUGUAUAUCAUAUUACUUCUAUUUGACCUGGAAUCCUUCUCAAAAUAUUUUUGUUAUAAAAAUACAUGUUUUGUUUUAGUCUCUUAUAUUUGUUUAUAAUAAUUUUAUAGUUAUUUUACAAAUGUUAAUCAGAUAUGUUAUAAAUAAAAACUUAAAUGACA